CCUCCUGCUCCUCGCGGGCGCUUCCGGCGCGGCGGCGGCGGCGAAGCCCCUCGGGAGCAGCGGGGGCUCGGCGGGCCGGGGCAGGACAAUAUAUUUUCCAAGUUCUUCAAGUAUUCUUGCACAACGAGGAAAAAGAAGAAACAUUUCAGUGAAUGAGGAGUUUUUUGCUUCUAUAGUGUUUUCCUUGAGAAGUGGCUCUUUGAAUGAGGAUGACAAUGGAAGAGAUGAAGAAUGAAGCAGAGACCACUUCUAUGGUUUCCAUGCCUCUCUAUGCUGUUAUGUACCCUGUCUUUAACGAGCUAGAAAGAGUAAAUCUGUCUGCAGCUCAGACACUGAGAGCAGCUUUUAUUAAGGCUGAAAAAGAAAAUCCAGGUCUUACACAAGACAUCAUCAUGAAAAUUCUGGAGAAAAAAAGUGUGGAUGUGAAUUUCACAGAGUCUCUUCUACGUAUGGCAGCUGAUGAUGUAGAAGAGUAUAUGAUUGAAAGACCUGAACCUGAAUUCCAAGAUCUUAAUGAAAAGGCACGAGCACUUAAACAGAUUCUUAGUAAGAUUCCUGAUGAGAUCAAUGACAGAGUGAGGUUUCUUCAGACAAUCAAAGACAUUGCAAGUGCAAUAAAGGAGCUUCUUGACACAGUAAAUAAUGUCUUCAAGAAAUACCAGUAUCAGAACCGACGGGCACUUGAACACCAAAAGAAAGAGUUUGUAAAAUACUCCAAAAGUUUCAGUGAUACUCUGAAAACCUAUUUUAAAGAUGGAAAGGCAAUAAAUGUGUUCAUAAGUGCCAACCGACUAAUUCAUCAAACCAACUUGAUACUCCAGACCUUCAAAACUGUGGCCUGAAAACUGUAUAUGUUGAGAGUUGUACUUUUCAAUGGUGGAUAGGGUACCUUUAUAUGUAAAUUUUAAAGUUUUGACUGUAUAAAUUAUCAGCCCCUCUCGAGGGGCCUAAUGCAGGAUUUUGAAUGGGAUUAUUGCCAUCUUACACCAUAUUUUUGUAAAACAUUGUAGCUUAAUCAUAAUCUCACAAGAAAGAUUUUGCAUCACUUUUUGCUAUUAUCAUUCUUUUCAGAAUUAUAAGCCAAAAGAAUUUACGCCUUAAUGUGUCAUUAUGUAACAUUCCUUAUAAGAAUUGUAAAUAUUUGGUGUUCUGUUUCUGACAUUUUAACUUGAAAGCGGAAAACGGCAAGAUUAUGUAUUUAACAAUAUUGGUGGCAAAUAUUCAAUAAAUAGUUUACAUCUGUUA